UGUGGCGCCCAGCCUGCCGGGCUGCUAGGAUCCUGCUGGGGGCUGGGAAGUCCCUACUCGUGUGCCUCAGUUUCCCCCUGGGACAGUAGUCACCUACUCUGGGAAGCAGCAUGCAGCUGCUGCAAGGCCUCUGCAGGCCCCAUGCCAGGACCAUCCUUAGCAAUGUCCUUCCAGCCCAGAGGCCCUUCCCCCUGCAUGAGCUGCCAGCAGUAUCAUGUUGAACAAGAGGCACCCGCGGAGAAGUGCAUCCGCAGGGCUCUCCCAGGACCCCGCCGGCUGCAGGGAGGGCACCGCUGGGCCAGCAGCGGGCGAGACCCCUGGAGCUGCAUGAUGUGGCGACAAGUGGCUUGGACACACGGCCGGGCAGGGGCGCGGAGCUGGGCAGGGCAGGGCUGUUGCUGGCUUUGUGCGGAUGCCGGAUCCUGCUUCGAUUCCUGUCCCAGACUCGGGGCUAGGAACGCAUCCCCGGCUCCAUGACAUCCAGCGGGUGCAGCGUUCCUGGGUGCAAGACACAGGCCGAAGGAGGCAUCCCCACUUCUGGUGGACGGGCCUGGAGCAGCUUGUGCGCGUGUCCCAAGCCCUCUACGGCUGGCAGGGAUCCUCCCCGAGGUCCCGUGGGGCUUGGGCUGAGGAUCAGAGUCCUUCCGGUCAUUGUUACUGUGCUCUGGCAAGGGUAUAUCCUUGGCUCUGGCACACCUGGGUUGUUAUGCAAACCUGACACGUGGGCAUCCCACCGGGCAUCUGGCCCAGCGUGCUCAGUGCCCACAGCCCUGGAUCCUGGCACGCUGUGAUCCCGGGAGCCAGGCAGGCUUUGGGCAGCAGCUGCCACCAGAGGCCUCUUCUGUGGCUGCAAGAGAUAAAGGCCCUUGCAGAGGUUGCAGCUCUCCCAGUGCUCCCCCCCGAGCCCAGCUGGGUCCUCGGCCCUGCACACACAGCUGGGACCCAGCCAAGCUGGGGCCGACAUCCGAGCACGGAGCAGGGAGAUUCCAGCGUGGCACCCUGGAAACGGGUCAAGACAAGGGCAGCUGAGCAGAGACAGGCCCAGCUGGGCCUGGCGUGGCGAGGAGCAAGGCUAACAGCGUCCAGGACAAGGGCAGGCCCUCACGUUUGCUGUUGGGGGCUGGAGUCAGACUGGCCAGGGCGGUGGAGUCUCCGUCCCAGCCUGGACCAGAUUCCCAGAGGGACCCGCUGCCUCCUGACCCCAGCAUCUCCCAGCAGCCCCCGGCUCCUGGCGCUGCACAUCAUCCUGGCACCAGGAAGGCGCAGAGCUGAGCUGGAGAUGGAGCAGGAGCUUAAAGGGAGAGCGCCAGGCCAUCGCUCCCAGCAGGGAGGAGCCUGCUGUCUGAGGGGCUGCCGCUGCAGCGAGCGCGGAGGACAGGCCUGCAUGCAGGCUGCAAGGUCACCGGGAGCCGGAGCAGCCUCGUUACUGCAUGCUAAUUAGGUGCCAUUAACACUCCUGGCAGAUGCUGCCCUUGGGAUGGACGGAGACGGCACGCGGCCUGGCCACAGCCAUCAAGGCGACCCCACUGCUGCAUCCCCGCACCGUGGCUGGCCUGUCGGGUCACCGGGCAGGCUCCUAGGCCCGGCUGCCUGGGGCUCUGCAUCGCUUCCUCUGAGAGUGCUGCAUCCCACCCCAGAGCUGGCUGCAUGCUGGAGUUUGCCAGUCGCUCACUGGCACCUGGGAUCUCUCAGUGCCGGGGGCCCAGGGUGGGAGGAUGCCCUGGCAGAAAGCCCCAGCGCCGCUGUAGAAAGCAUCUCGAGUGUGUUCUGCAGCUGAGCACACAGCAGGUGAUGGCCAGUCAGCCCCGGGCAGACAGCGCUGCGGUCCCAGGGGCUGCAUCCUGCAUUCCCCCUGCGGCACGAUUCACAGCGCGGGCGAGAGAUGGGCAAGGCAGGUGGAGCCGACUGCUCUGCUCAGGGUGCUGGCCUCGCACCCCAGUCCUGCACCAUCCUCCACGCUGCUCAGCAAGGCCCAGGAAAUCCUCCAGCUCCUUCUCCAACAUCGGGUUCCUCGGUCGUUGUUCGCCAGUCAGGACUGACUGCUGUCCAGCAGCGUGGAGGAGCCAGCCUGCAAUCUGUUGCCCCAUUUCACAGGUGGGGAAGUCAAGGCACAGGAAGGGGCAGUCACCCGAGAAAGCAAAGGCUGAGAAAACGGACCACCCACCCCUCCCAGUUCCAGCCCAGGCCACUGUACCCCCAAUAGCCAGGUCCAGACCAUGCAGCUCACAUCCAGCCUAGCCCGGUCCUUUCAAGGGACCUCAGUUUGCCCAGGCAGCGCCAGGGUGCUCAGGGAGGGCUGCGCUGCGUGCAAAUCCUGGAUCGGUGCCCGUGGGACAGACAGGAGCAGGCUUCCUCAUAGCUCGAGUACCAGCUUGGUCUCCCUUGUUUACCGGGGCCGCACCCUCGUCUGUCAUCCGGGCCAGCCCACGCAGGAAUGCAGCAGCUGCGUGACCUGCCGCGUGGCAAUUGCUGGGUUGUCAGAUGCGCCAUCUCCAAGCGCCCUGUGUAGUAAUGCGUCCCCUUCCCAAGGGGUAAAGGCUCUGCCGAGUCCUCUCUCCUUUCCCUGCCCUGGAGCUCGUCUGUGGGGUCGCCCCGACUCGGACAGCGGUUUCACCCCAGACGUGGCUGCAUUGCAGGAGCGGGCAGCACUGACAGGCGCCGAGAGCCCAGCCCAGCUCCUGCCACCCUGGGAAACUCCCCAGCUCAGCCAGACAAGCUCUUCGGGAGGCGGCUGCUCCAGGCCGGGCGCUACAUCAUGUCCCACAAGUCCUGGAUGAAGACGGUGCCAACCGAGAACUGCGAUGUGCUCAUGACCUUCCCUGACACGACGGAUGACCACACGCUGCUCUGGUUGCUGAACCACAUCCGGCUGGGCAUCCCCGAGCUCAUCAUCCAGAUCCGGCACCACAAGCUCACCAAGGUCUACGCCUUCUUCGUCACCGCCAACUACGAGAGCUUGCUGCGGGGCGCGGACGAGAUCGGGCUGCGGAAGCCGGUGAAGGCCGAGUUCGGGGGCGGCAUGCGCAGCUUCUCCUGCGAGGAGGACUACAUCUACGAGAACAUCGAGAACGAGCUCUACUUCUUCACCUCCCAGGAGCGGCAGGACAUCAUCCGGUACUGGUUGGAGAACCUGCGAGCCAAGCAGGGAGAGUCGCUGCACAACAUCCACUUCCUGGAGGGGCAGCCCAUCAUCUCGGAGCUGGCGGCCCGCGGCGUGAUCCAGCAGGUCUUCCCCCUCCACGAGCAGCGGAUCCUCAAGCGGCUGAUGAAGUCCUGGGUGCAGGCCAUCUGCGAGUCGCAGCCCCUCGACGAGAUCUGCAACUACUUCGGGGUGAAGAUCGCCAUGUACUUCGCCUGGCUGGGCUUCUACACCUCGGCCAUGAUCUACCCCGCCGUCUUCGGCUCCAUCCUCUACACCUUCACCGAGAGUGACCAGACCAGCCGGGACGUGUGCUGCGUGGUCUUCGCCAUCUUCAACGUCAUCUGGGCCACGCUCUUCCUGGAGGAGUGGAAGCGCCGGGGGGCCGAGUUCGCCUACAAGUGGGGGACGCUGGACACCCCCGCCGAGUCCAUUGAGGAGCCCCGGCCGCAGUUCAGGGGCACCAAGCGCAUCAGCCCCGUGACCAACGCCGAGGAGUUUUACUACCCGCCCUGGAAGCGGCUGCUCUUCCAGUGCCUGGUCAGCCUGCCCGUCUGCCUCUUCUGCCUCACCUUCGUCUUCCUCAUCAUGCUGGGCUGCUUCGAGCUCCAGGAGUUCGUGCUGAGCAUCAAGGAGCUGCCCCGCAUCAUCCGCUUCCUGCCCAAGAUCGUCCUGGCCAUCAUCGUCACCACCUGCGACGAGGUCUACAAGAAGAUCGCCUACUGGCUCAAUGACAUGGAGAACUACCGCCUGCAGAGUGCCUACGAGAAACACCUCAUCAUCAAAAUCGUCCUGUUUCAGUUUGUAAAUUCAUACCUAAGUCUUUUCUACAUCGGUUUCUACCUCAAAGACAUGGAGCGGCUGAAGGAGAUGCUGGCCACGCUGCUCAUCACCCGCCAGUUCCUGCAGAACGUCAAGGAGGUGUCGCAGCCCCACCUGUACCGGCGGCUGCAGCACGGCGACCUCAGCCUGCAGGGCCUGCGCGCCGCCACCCACGCCGUCCUGCGCCUGCUGGCCCAGCGCUGCACCCCGCCGCGGCCCGGCCCCGAGCCCCGCGCCCGCCCCGCCGAGGACGACCGCCAGCCCGCGGAGGAGCCCCGGGGCGAGAAGAAGUGCCUGAACGGCGGCUGCGGCGUGCCCGAGGAGGAGGACGAGGAGCGGCGGGAGUCGGACUCGGAGGACGAGAGCCUGCUGGACUGCGGGCUGAAGCUGAAGAAGGUGAGCUUCAUCGAGAAGGCGGAGCGGCGCGGCGGCGAGCCCGGCGCCCCCGAAGACGACAGCUUCCUGGAGGAGGGCAGCCCCACCAUGGUGGAGAAGGGCAUGGACCCCGCCUCCGUCUUCGAGCUGUGCGAGGACGACGACGAGAGCGACGGCCCCUCGGGCAGCCCCCUCAAGGGCCCGGCCGAGCCCCGCGAGCCGCCCGUGAUGCUGCGGCCCCGCCGGCCGCGGCGGGCGGGCGAGGGCCACGAGGACGAAGAUGAGGACGAGGAUGAGGACGGCAGGAAGCGCAACCGGGCCUCGUGGAUCGACCCGCCUGAGGAGGACUACUCCGCGCAGCUCACGCAAGCCGAGGUGGAGAGCUGCAUGAAGAAGUACGAGGACACGUUCCAGGACUACCAGGAGAUGUUCAUCCAGUUCGGCUACGUGGUGCUGUUCUCCUCCGCCUUCCCGCUGGCCGCCACCUGCGCCCUCAUCAACAACGUCAUCGAGAUCCGCAGCGACGCCUUCAAGCUGUGCACGGGGCUGCAGCGCCCCUUCGGCCAGCGGGUCGAGAGCAUCGGGCAGUGGCAGAAAGUGAUGGAGGCCAUGGGCGUCCUGGCCAUCGUGGUGAACUGCUACCUGAUCGCCCAGUGCGGCCAGCUGCAGCGGCUCUUCCCGUGGCUCAGCCCCGAGGGAGCCAUCAUCUCCGUGGUGGUGCUGGAGCACUUCGCCCUGCUCCUGAAGUACGUUAUCCAGGUGGCCAUCCCGGACAUCCCGGCCUGGGUGGCGGAGGAGAUGGCCAAGCUGGAGUACCAGCGGAGGGAGGCCUUCAAGAAACACGAGCGGCAGGCGCAGCACCACUUCCAGCAGCAGCAACGGCGCAAGCGGGAGGAGGAGGAGCGGCAGCGCCACGCCGAGUACCAGGCCCGCAAGGAGCGCGAGGCCAGCCGGGACGAGGGCCGGCCCGAGGCCGCCGGGCAGGACCCGGCCCCCGACAAGGGUCCGGCCAAAGCCAAGGGCCCCGGGGGCGCCUCGCACGGCGCCGACAAGCCCAAGCGGCCCAGCUCCCUGCUGGCCACCAACAAUGUCAUGAAGCUCAAGCAGAUCAUCCCGCUCCAGGGCAAGUUCCUGUCCGGCGGGGCGGGGGCGGCCGGCACGGCCACGGCACGGUCCCCCCAGUCCCCGACCGGCGGCGACAACAAGCUGCCCGGCUUCCUCAGCUUCAAGUUCCUCAAGUCCCCGGAGACGAAGCGGGACGGGGGCACGGAGAAGGUGCAGUCGCCCACCAAGCCCUUCAACCCCGGCAAACUCUUCAACUUCGGCAAGUCCGAGGGGGCCGGGGGCAACGGCGCCGCUGCGGCAGGCACCCCCCUGUCGUCGCGGCCCGGGCCCGCUGGGGAGGGCGUCGAGAAGCAGGUGCCCGGCCGGUCCCACCUGAACGGGGUGGUGGACGAAGGUGGGCGCGAGGAGGCCGAGCUGCGGGCCGAGGAGGAGGGCACCGGCUCCAAGCUCUAACCGGGGCCACGUGCCUGUCGCCCUCGGGGCUGUUCUUCAAGCAGGGCGCCGGGGCCGGAGAUGGAGACCGAGGGGAGCUGGGCAUGGAUUCCCCGCGGAUCACUCGGGGUUUUGCCCCCGUCUCAGCUGAGCCCCGCGCCGGCUGCACCAAGGGCUGUGUGUGUGUGUGCGUCCGUCCGUGUCCGUGUGGGUGCAAACCCCCAGUGAUCCCCGCGGGCAAUCUGCCUGCACGCUGCAGGGGAGGGAGCCGCAGGUGCCCGAGGCUGCCGGAGCAGGAUGGGUGCGCCGUGCUCCCCUCCUGCCCUCUCUCCCAGGCAGGGGCCUGGAGCUCGCCUCCGCGGUCGCUCCAGGUGCCCCUGUGCUGGGGCGACCCCAUCCAUCCCGAGCCUUGGCCCCAGAGCCGCGGGGUCACAGCUCUGCUUGAAGAACAGCCGGGGCGGGGGCGGGCCGAGCCCUCUCCCCCAUGCAUGGUUGACUUUCUUGCACUAAAAGACACCCCCCCGCCCCCCCCAACUCUAUUCCAUUCUUGCCAUGGCUGCAGCCGGCCUGCGCUGCUACCUCCGAGGUAGGCGAGGGCCGUGCCGUGCCGGGCCAGGACAAGGCACCUCCUGCCUCCAGGUCUCCACUGGGACAGUCCCUCCGCCCUUCCUGCUUUUCCUUUUGCUGGGGUUUUUUUUGCAAUAAGGAGCUCACACCUGAGCCUGGGUUUGGGGUGGGGUGGGGUGGGGGGGAUCCGCUGUCCAGGGAGCAGUGCGUUAGGAGCAACCAAAACCUUUGGGGGGACGUGGAGCAGGGAGGGAGGGGGGUGGGUCUGGCUUUGAUUCUGCCGUAGCUAGCGGGAGCUUUACCGAGGCUGGCAGGGCAGAGCCGGGCGUUGGUGCAGGGCUCACCCGCACGGCGCCAGGGAGAGAGCUCUGCGAGCGCCAGCGCCCGGGCCGGCGGUGCCCUGGAUGGAGCCGGGGUCCAGCCCCAGGCUGCAGGGCGGGCUGAGCGAGCGCUGCUUAUUUCCUUACCGCUGACAUGUAGCCGAUGCCCCCGUGCCCGUCUCUCCCCGGGCGGCAGCGCUUCCAGCCUCCCCCCAGCCCCAAGUCGCCGCGGUGUCUUUGGCUGCCCCCCUGGCCCGGAGCUGAGCCACGCACCCCCCCACCUGCAGGGCAGCAGGAGCCUUUCUAGACCCGGGGGCUAGGGAGCCGCGUGGGGGUUUCUGCGCAUCCCCCCCCCGCGUUUGUCAGAGCACAAAGCUAUGCAUCGCAGCAAUAACGCGGGCAGGAGUGCGGGAAGGCCAGGGGUCUCCCCUUUCCCGUGCAGCUGCCCCCUCCCACGGGAGACUGGGGCCUUUGGGCCAAGGAGUGCAGAGAAGGGGGGGCUGGAUGGGCAGGAGACCCCACCUGGGGCCGCGUGGCACAGGCUGCGCAGAGGAAAUCAAGGUGCGCCCAGCAGUGCCGGGGAACCGCUGUUGAGAUGCUGCAGGAGGCCUGAGCCUGGCUUUUCCCCGCCAGGACUACAGCUGCCCCGCAGCCAGCAGGAUGCUUUCCUGGGGAGCAGGACGGAGAGAUGGUUCCCCCUUCCCCUCCGCGACCCUGACCCCCUCGCUGCCCAGGGGCUCCUGGCUCAAGUCCCAAAGAUCCUGCCCUGCAGCUGGAGGGGCUGGAGGAGCCGGCCUGGGGGCUCAGCUCAGCUCAGCUCCAUUCACCCCUCCUCGGCUUUGUUUUCCGGCCCCCCCCGAACUCUGGCCACCCACGCUCACCCAUCGCUCUCCCAUCACACCGGUUUUCAGGGAGGGAGCUCCCCUGCCUGCCCCCACCCUCCCCGGGCGAAGACGGCAGGCACCGGGUUGGGGGUCCCGGCUGCUGCCAGGCCCCGGCCCAGCCCAGGGAUUUUUAAGCGCUCCCCUACGCCAAGCAUAUCCACCCCGUCCGGCCUGUAGCGCCCGCCUCUGGGGGGGCAGCGCCUGUACGCGGGGGGCGACGCGGUCAUAAACAACGCACUGAUUCCUUUCUGCCGUGUUCUGUUUCUUUUCGUCGGAGUCAAGGAGUCAAAAAGAAAAAGGGGAUUAUUUAUUUCUUUUUAAUUUAUUUUGUCAUAUUUUUGUAAAACCUGCAGAAAUGCAAUAAAAAUAUAUUUCAACAGA